AUGGAUGAGGUUGUCGCGUGCGAACGAGCUGAUCGCGAUCACAAGUUGGCUAGGAUUGAAGAGCUGAUCAGGCAAACUCCUAGCCAGCAUGUUGAACCCUCCGACCUGAAAGCAGCCGGUAUCCGUCACCUACCCUUAUCUCUUGAUGGGGAUAGUGAACAUCACCCACGCUUCUUCAACCCAUAUCCAGAAGAAUUGCCCCUCCCAGAGAAAGAGGAUGAGAAGAAUCUUCUAGAAUUUCCCCCCGAUCCCAAGCAUAUCCUGUGGGAUACUCGUGAUAUGGAGAUCUUUUUUACCAACCAUUUCAGCAAUAGCUGGGAAUAUGCAUCAGAUGAGUAUCCUAAUAACCCUCCUCCCUCUGGCAUAUAUCGAGAAAUUGGAGACUACAAAUUCGGUCAACUGCUGGAGUCUGUCGGGUUCAACUGGUACGCCGUAACAGUGACCGAAUAUCCAGAAGGGAAUUACCCACACUUCAAAGCUAUGUUAGAAAGUGAAGCGAUUGGGGAUGAUCGACUGCUCCGCGGAGAGAUUAUGACUAUCACCGAUAUCAUGGCUGCUCGUCUAAGAACCAGGUCUCUACGAUCGCAUAUCAUUGCCCCAAUGCUAGUCAUAUCUCUAAUGGGACCUCGCCAUGCCCGCGUCCUGGAAGCCGAUUUUGACGGAGAGAUGCUCAACAUUCGUGCUUCCAAGCUGUACGACUUUUCGCGCAAGAACACCGAAUCUGCGCAAUUGAUCACGCGGUAUUGGCUUGGCGGUGCGUGCGGCCAAACUACGAUGGAAACGAUGAAAUCCAAGUAG